ACAUGGUGCCCAAGAAGCCCAGAGAAGGCGACCGAGCUGGAGCCGGUGGUUUCAGACGUGCCGGCAGAGGCGCUGGUCCUGGUCUAGGCCGAGCCUCCGGUGCUCGACGUUGAGUGUGACGUCGUGUUCGAGCCGGCGCACCAGGAAUCUCUGGCGGAGGCGCCGAUGGAAGUGCCGGGGCCGCCGCACAGCGAGCCCGAACCGCCGGCCGUCGUGCAGGAGGUACCCGAGGAGCCAAACCCGCCGGUGGUUGAUCGACCGGUGCAAGGGACACAAGCCCAAGAACCGUUGCAAGAGCUGCCACAGGUGGAGGCGCCCGUUGCAGAGUCGCCCGCCGAAGAACCAGGGCCUUGGCCGGUCCAGCCAUCAGUACCGCCGCCACCGCCGCCCACUCCGACGACCGCAGCAGAGUCUCCGCGAGACGGAGAAUCCAAUAGCGAGUCGGGCGGUAGUGAGGGCUGGAACCAGGGCGGUGGUGGGAGGAAGCGCGGGCGCAGUUACCGGCGGCGGCGGCGGCAAGCAAGGCGUCGCGGGUUCCCGCUGGGCAUGGUGGUCGGCCCCGCCGUGAUCCUGCUCGCGCUCGCGGUGGCCGUGGCCUGGAGGCGGCGGCGGCAGUAGUAGCGCGGUGAGGUGGGCAGGUGGCUCGUCCAGCGUGUUUGGCAGGUGCCAGGUGCUGUGCGUGUGGUCGUGCGGUGUGCUUUACGUGUACCAUCAGUCGUUGGCGUGUUGUGUUGUAUGUACGACGAUGAACCAGGAUUUUCGUGAGAUUGCUAUUCGGUAGAGAUGUACGUGUACGCAUGU